AUGGAUUACUACAGAAAAUAUGCAGCUGUUAUUCUGGCCACAUUGUCUGUGUUUCUGCAUCUUCUCCAUUCCUUUCCUGAUGGAGAGUUUAUAAUGCAGGAUUGCCCAGAAUGCAAGCUAAAGGAAAACAAAUACUUCUCCAAACCGGGUGCUCCAAUUUACCAGUGCAUGGGCUGCUGCUUCUCCAGAGCAUAUCCUACUCCAGCAAGGUCUAAGAAGACAAUGUUGGUCCCAAAGAACAUCACCUCAGAAGCUACAUGCUGUGUGGCUAAAGCAUUUACCAAGGCCACAGUAAUGGGAAAUGCCAAGGUGGAGAACCACACGGAGUGUCACUGCAGCACUUGUUAUUACCACAAAUCUUAACUGCUUGUGAAGUACCCUGCUGAUGACUGCUGAUUUCCCGGAAUGGAAGAUCAAUUUGUUCAGUGGUUAUGGCCUUGUGAGA